CCCGGCGAUCCCCAUCCCGCGGGGCUGUUCCCCGCUGUUCCUGCCGCCUCGGCAUUGGAAGCGCGGCCCCUCUGGCAGCGCGCUCCGCUCUGAGGGCUCCUCCUCUCUGCCCGCCCUCGUCGUUCAUUGGCAGAAAGCCGGGAGGGGGCGUGGCCUUCGCGCCGAAUCUCAUCGCCCAUUGGCUGUCGGAGAGGAAGUGGGCGCGGCCCGGGGCGCCCCCCGCCCUGCCCGCCCUUCCCCCGCCGCGCAUCAUUCGCUCCGAAGCGCUCCUGGGCGGGCGAUCCCGGCCGCUCCCGCGCUCCCAUUGGCGCCGGGCGCCAGUUCCGCCACGCUCUUCCCGGCUUCCGGCUCGCGGGGCGGGCGAGGGAGCCGGUCGGGACGCGGAGGAGGCCGGUGCCGCCCGUGCCUGUGGUCCCCGGACCGCCCAGCAUGGGAUGCGCAUGAGCCGCGGGUCUCUCUUCCCUGUGGGCGGCGGCGCCUGGUCCCGGGGCGGCCGCAGGAUGUCACCACCUUGCCAUACCUCUGCCUUGCUGCUGGUCUUUAUGGCCCUGGCUGUAGCAGGGGCCGAGCAGUCAGAAGAGAGGAGCUGUGAUGUGAUUGGUGAUGAGAGCAGCGAGUCGCAGAUGGAGAGAGCCCUGCUGAAGAAACUGGAGCCCCUGAGCCACAUGAGGUUUAACGUGACUGUGGAGAAAGGCAAAACAGAAAACUACAUCUACCAUUUUAGGGUGUGCAGGGAGGUCAACAGCACCUCUCACGACUUUGGUGGCCUGGUGCAAACAGACAGACAGAAUGGAAAGACCACGGUGAUAGGAAGAAUCAAUGAAACCCAGGUCUUCAAUGGAAGUGACUGGAUCAUGCUGAUUUAUAAAGGAGGUGAUUCAUAUGGCAGGCACUGCAGUGGGGAGAAGAGGCGAGCUGUCAUAAUGAUCUCUUGCAAGCGGGGAGUUACAGCGAGUUCAUUCAGCAUUAUUUCUGAAGAGCGGGAAAAGGAGCAGGAGUGUUUCUACCUCUUUGAAAUGGACAGCAGUGUGGCUUGUCCAGCUGAGAAUUCCCACCUCAGUGUUGGCUCCAUUCUGCUGAUCACGUUUGUGUCACUGAUUGCAGUCUACAUCAUUGGUGGGUUCCUCUACCAGCGCCUCAUUGUGGGAGCAAAGGGCAUGGAGCAGAUUCCUCACUUUGCCUUCUGGCAAGACCUGGGCAAUCUGGUGGCAGACGGCUGUGACUUUGUGUGCCGAUCCAAGCCCCGGAAUGCGCCGGCCGCCUACCGCGGUGUGGGGGAUGACCAGCUGGGAGAGGAGUCAGAAGAACGGGACGACCACUUGCUGCCCAUGUGAUAGGCUUUCCACACCAAGAUCUUUUCUCCCCAUCUCCCCAGUGCUUGUUUAGCCAGGUGCCUCCCAGCCAGUUCUCCUUCUCUCACUUCUGAUUUUCUUUCUGCCGUUUGCUUCCGCUGUCUCCGGUGUGUCAAGUCCCAUGGAUACCUUUGGAUGUGAACAGCACUGGUUCCUAAUGGCAUGUCUUAUAUUUAUAAUGCUGGCUUGGGUUUUUAAAAGUGCAGCAGAGCUCAGGGGAGAAGUGUUGACAGUUGAGCAGAGAACAGCAAUACGAGUGUUCAGCACUGAGCAGGAACGGGAGAUGAAUCACUAAGAGGAAAAAAGGGGCAUGGAUGGGUGCAGAAAGGGAAAAAGGCUAUGGGUUAAAACAGCUGACACUGUAAAAGGGAUAUUUUGUGGUUUUUUUUUUUUUCCCUGGGGUUCACAGGAUCAGUAAGACACUGGAAUUACUUUUCUCUGAAUGCAUUUUCAGCUUUUCUAGCUUCUGCGCUGUUAUACAAUUUCUGCCAGCAUAACUGGCACAGAGUGCUCUAUGCCAGGCUCUGGGGGUGAAGAGGCAGUAGCACCUCUGCAAUUUUUUGUUUCCCUAAUGCUAGAGCGGUGUGUACUUCUCAACAGUUUCCUUCAACAGCUGUAAAGGGAUGCAUGCCAUCCUCUCAGACUGGAGAGGGGCAAUGCUAAAAAACCAUAGGAGCUAAAUGAAGUCUCAUGACUUCAGUCAAAAUAUUGACUCAGUCUUCUCAAUGAGUGAGAAGCAAAAGGAAAAGAUGUGCUGCUAAGUAAAAGGAAUAUUUGCUGAAACUGAAAGUGACAUCAAGACAAAAUGAGACAGGUAGCUGCCACUUGAGUUCUGACACAAGCUUCCUGAGGUGACUGCCCACACACCUCAGUCAUUGUCAGCAUUGAUUUCAUGCUCCCCUGAAGUUCCUUGUUUUGCAGAGGGUUUUCCUACGAAGCUGUCAGAAUUUAUUUUUAUAUCAAAGGAACCAUGGAAGCCCAGGCUAAGAGUGCUAACACAUUGAGAACUGCAUAAGGGACUCUUACAUGGUCACCUUUCAUAAAUCACUGUGCCCUUAAGCAUGGUGCAGGCCAGUCUUGAGACACUUGCCCUGUGCAGACGGUACUAAACAUUCUGCCACUGGCUGGGAGUGAUAAAGACCUUCUCUUUGGGCCCUGCUGAAAAGCAGGUACAGUUGAGUUCUAGACUUAAUGGGAACCUUCAGGAACUUCACACCUUGAUUCCAAAUUGCUUUUUAUUUGAGGCUAGACUCUGAGCAAUCCCACUCUACCCUACUGUGGACUGGCAGAGAACUGCCCUCAGUCUGGGGGGUAGAGACUGUGAAUAAGCAAGCCACUACUGUGUUAACAGCAGAGUACAGACAAGGUUCAUGUAUUUUUAACACACUGAGAGAAAAGGGGGGGGCCCUGCUUUCUUUCUGGGUUUGGAAUGGGCAAGCAAUUCUGCUUUCUUUGACUUUUGUUACAGUCUCAAUCUUUCUCAUAACAUGGGAAAAAUAGGAAGUCAGUAAGUCUGUUACUGUUUUCAUGGUGGUGUCUAAGGUAAUUUUUUUUGUACAAAACACAACUUUCAAAAAUAAAGUGACCAAAAAAACUGGUGAAAGUG